AUGGAUAUAAUUAUGGGAUACUGUGUGGGCACACGGCCUCCUCCUUGCCUCAUCCUCCUGCUUCUCAAGCUUUUGGCCACUGUCUCCCAGGGGCUGCCAAGGACUGGGCCCCUGGGCUUCCACUUCACACAUUCCAUUUAUAAUGCUACUGUGUAUGAGAACUCAGCAGCAAGGACCUAUGUCAACAGCCAAAGUAGAAUGGGCAUCACCUUGAUAGAUCUGUCCUGGGAUAUCAAAUACAGAAUAGUAUCUGGAGACGAGGAAGGCUUUUUCAAAGCAGAGGAAGUCAUCAUUGCAGAUUUCUGUUUCCUCCGAAUAAGAACUAAAGGUGGCAAUUCUGCCAUAUUGAAUAGGGAAAUACAGGACAAUUAUUUAUUGAUAGUUAAAGGUUCUGUCAGAGGAGAAGAUUUAGAAGCAUGGACCAAAGUGAAUAUACAAGUAUUAGAUAUGAAUGACCUGAGACCUUUGUUUUCACCCACAACAUACUCUGUUACAAUCGCAGAAAGCACACCUUUAAGGACUAGUGUCGCCCAGGUGACAGCGACAGACGCAGACAUUGGUUCCAACGGAGAAUUCUACUACUACUUUAAAAGCAAAGUGGAUCUCUUUUCAGUUCACCCCACCAGCGGUGUCAUCUCUUUAAGUGGACGUUUAAAUUAUGAUGAGAAGAGUAGGUAUGACCUGGAAAUUUUGGCUGUGGACCGAGGGAUGAAACUCUAUGGAAACAACGGAGUGAGCAGUACUGCAAAGCUUUAUGUUCACAUUGAACGGAUAAAUGAACAUGCCCCAACUAUCCAUGUAGUCACUCAUGUUCCUUUCUCACUGGACAAAGAGCCGACGUAUGCUGUAGUGACCGUCGAUGACCUAGAUGAGGGGGCUAAUGGAGAGAUUGAAACUCUUUCCAUUGUGGCUGGGGAUCCUCUAGAUCAGUUCUUCCUGGCCAAGGAAGGAAAGUGGCUGAACGAGUACAAGAUUCAGGAGAGAAAGCAGAUUGACUGGCAGAGCUUUCCUUACGGCUACAAUCUCACUCUUCAAGCGAAAGACAAGGGGUCACCUCAGAAGUUUUCGGCACUGAAGAUAGUCCACAUUGCCAACCCCCAAAGGGAUGCUGUCCCAGUGAGAUUUGAGAAAGAAGUGUACGAGGUGAGCAUCAGUGAAUUUUCCCCUCCUGGUGUGGUGGUUGCUAUAGUAAAAUUAAGUCCCGAACCGCUAGAUGUGGAAUACAAAUUAUCUCCUGGUGAGGAUGCAGAGUACUUUAAAAUUAAUCCUCGGUCCGGUCUGAUUGUCACAGCACAGCCACUGAAUACCAUUAAGAAGGAGGUUUAUAAACUGGGGGUGACAAACAGGGAAGGGGAUUUAAAAGCACAAGUCACCAUAGGUAUAGAAGACGCCAACGACCACACCCCAGAGUUUCAACAGCCGCUAUAUGAGGCUUUCGUGAAUGAAAGUGUUCCAGUGGGAACGAGCGUUCUGACAGUUUCAGCUUCUGAUAAGGAUAAAGGAGAAAAUGGAUACAUCACCUACAGUAUCGCCAGCCUGAAUUUGUUACCAUUUGCCAUUAACCAGUUUACAGGUGUUAUUAGCACAACCGAAGAACUGGAUUUUGAAUCCUCCCCAGAAACUUACAGGUUUAUUGUAAGAGCCUCUGACUGGGGCUCGCCAUACCGACAUGAAAGUGAGGUAAAUGUGACUAUUCGCAUAGGAAAUGUCAAUGACAACAGCCCUCUCUUUGAAAAAGUUGCUUGUCAAGGAGUUAUUUCAUAUGACUUUCCAGUUGGGGGUCACAUCACAGCUGUCUCUGCCAUCGAUAUUGAUGAACUUGAACUUGUAAAGUACAAAAUCAUAUCUGGAAAUGAACUUGGUUUCUUUUAUUUAAACCCAGACUCUGGUGUUUUACAACUGAAAAAGUCACUCAUGAAUUCUGGCAUUAAAAAUGGUAAUUUCGGCCUCAGAAUUACAGCAACUGAUGGAGAGAACUUCGCAGACCCCAUGUCUGUUAACAUUUCAGUCCUCCAUGGGAAGGUUUCUUCAAAGAGCUUCAGUUGCAGAGAAACACGUGUGGCUCAAAAGCUGGCAGAGAAACUGCUCAUUAAGGCAAAAGCGAAUGGGAAAUUGAAUCUGGAAGAUGGAUUUCUUGACUUUUAUUCAAUUAAUAGACAGGGACCACACUUUGACAAGUCUUUUCCUUCUGAUGUGGCUGUGAAGGAGGAUCUGCCAGUUGGUGCUAACAUCCUGAAGAUUAAAGCCUAUGAUGCCGACUCUGGCUUCAAUGGAAAGGUGCUGUUUACAAUAUCUGAUGGAAAUACAGACAGCUGCUUUAAUAUCGAUAUGGAGACUGGGCAACUUAAAGUCCUUAUGCCCAUGGAUCGAGAACAAACAGACCUCUAUCUCCUUAAUAUCACCAUCUAUGAUUUAGGUAAUCCACAAAAGUCUUCGUGGAGGUUGCUGACCAUCAAUGUGGAGGAUGCUAAUGACAAUAACCCGAUUUUUCUUCAAGACAGUUACUCAGUUAACAUUCUUGAAAGUUCAAGUAUCGGUACUGAGAUUAUUCAAGUGGAAGCCAGAGACAAAGACUUGGGUUCCAAUGGUGAAGUGACUUACUCCGUCUUGACAGAUACACAGCAGUUUGGCAUCAAUAGCUCAACUGGAAUUGUUUAUGUAGCUGACCAACUGGAUCGAGAAUCUCAAUCAAACUACUCUUUAAAAAUAGAAGCCAGGGACAAGUCAGAAAGUGGUCAGCAACUAUUUUCCGUUGUCACUCUUAAGGUGUUUUUGGAUGAUGUCAAUGACUGCUCCCCAGCUUUCAUUCCCAGUAGCUAUAGUGUGAAGGUUCUUGAAGAUCUCCCCGUUGGCACCGUCAUUGCUUGGCUGGAGACCCACGAUCCAGAUCUUGGAUUGGGGGGUCAAGUGCGCUACUCUUUGGUCAAUGAUUAUAAUGGGAGAUUUGAAAUCGAUAAAGCAAGUGGUGCCAUCCGCUUAAGCAAAGAACUUGACUAUGAAAAACAGCAGUUCUAUAACCUCACGGUUCGGGCCAAAGACAAAGGGCGGCCUGUCUCUCUGUCAUCUGUUUCCUUCGUUGAGGUGGAAGUGGUGGAUGUCAAUGAAAACCUCCACACCCCGUACUUCCCAGACUUUGCUGUUGUUGGAUCUGUAAAGGAAAACUCACGCAUUGGAACAAGUGUGCUGCAGGUGACUGCCCACGAUGAGGACUCCGGGAGGGAUGGAGAGAUCCAGUACUCCAUCAGGGAUGGCAGUGGUCUUGGAAGGUUUAAUAUAGAUGACGAGAGCGGGGUCAUCACUACUGCAGACAUUCUUGAUCGAGAGACAAUGGGGUCGUACUGGCUGACAGUGUAUGCCACAGAUCGGGGUGUUGUUCCACUCUAUUCCACUAUUGAGGUCUACAUUGAAAUUGAAGAUGUGAACGACAAUGCCCCACUGACCUCGGAACCUAUUUUUUAUCCUGUUGUCAUGGAAAACUCUCCAAAGGAUGUAUCUGUCAUUCAGAUCCAGGCUGAGGAUCCUGACUCCAGUUCCAACGAAAAACUGACAUACAGGAUUACAAGUGGGAAUCCUCAGAAUUUUUUUGCCAUCAAUAUCAAAACAGGUCUGAUUAUGACAACGUCAAGGAAAUUGGAUCGAGAACAGCAGGCAGAACAUUUUCUGGAGGUGACUGUGACCGAUGGCGGCUCCUCUCCCAAACAGUCGACAAUUUGGGUAGUGGUUCAGGUUCUGGAUGAAAAUGACAACAAACCUCAGUUCCCAGAGAAAGUCUACCAGAUCAAGCUGCCAGAACGUGACCGAAAGAAGAGGGGAGAACCCAUUUACAGGGCUUUUGCUUUCGACAGAGAUGAGGGCCCCAAUGCAGAAAUCUCCUACAGCAUCGUGGAUGGGAAUGAUGAUGGAAAGUUCUUUAUUGACCCUAAAACCGGCAUGGUUUCUUCCAGAAAGCAAUUUACAGCAGGGAGUUAUGACAUCCUAACGAUAAAGGCGGUGGACAAUGGGCGCCCACAGAAAUCCUCCACGGCCCGCCUCCACAUUGAAUGGAUUAAGAAACCACCCCCUUCACCUAUACCGCUGACCUUCGAUGAACCAUUUUAUAACUUCACGGUCAUGGAAAACGAUAGAGUAACAGAGAUUGUAGGGGUGGUAUCUGUGCAGCCAGCUAACACCCCUCUGUGGUUUGACAUAGUUGGGGGGAAUUUUGACAGCUCUUUUGACGCAGAGAAGGGUGUCGGGACAAUUGUCAUUGCAAAACCUUUGGACGCUGAACAGAGGUCCUUCUACAAUAUGAGUGUGGAAGUCACCGAUGGGACAAAUGUUGCUGUCACUCAGGUAUUUAUCAAAGUGCUGGAUAAUAAUGAUAAUGGCCCAGAAUUCUCUCAGCCGAAUUAUGAUGUGACGAUUUCCGAGGAUGUCCUUCCAGAUACGGAGAUAUUGCAGAUUGAAGCCACGGAUAGAGACGAGAAGCACAAACUGAGCUAUACCAUCCACAGCAGCAUUGACUCUGUCAGCAUGAGAAAAUUCCGAAUCGACCCCAGCACUGGUAUCCUCUAUACCGCCGAGAGACUGGACCAUGAGGCCCAAGACAAGCACAUUCUCAACAUAAUGGUCAGAGAUCAGGAGUUUCCUUAUCGAAGAAACUUGGCCCGGGUCAUUGUCAAUGUGGAAGAUGCCAAUGAUCACAGUCCUUAUUUUACCAGCCCACUGUAUGAAGCAUCUGUGUUUGAAUCGGCUGCUUUGGGAUCAGCUGUUCUGCAGGUGACGGCACUGGACAAAGACAAAGGGGAAAAUGCAGAACUCAUAUAUACCAUAGAAGCAGGGAACACUGGGAACACUUUUAAGAUUGAACCAGUCCUGGGCAUCAUUACAGUUUCCAAAGAACCAGAUCUGACAACAAUGAGCCAGUUUGUCCUGUCAGUCAAAGUCACAGACCAGGGUUCCCCACCAAUGUCUGCUACUGCCAUUGUGCGCAUUUCUGUCACCAUGUCUGAUAAUUCUCACCCCAAGUUCACACACAAAGACUACCAAGCAGAAGUAAAUGAAAAUGUUGAUAUUGGAACAUCAGUCAUUCUCAUCUCGGCCAUCAGCCAAUCUACCCUCAUUUAUGAGGUCAAAGAUGGAAAUGUUGAUGGGAUGUUUACCAUAAAUCCAUAUUCUGGAGUCAUCACCACUCGGAAAGCACUGGACUACGAACGUAGUUCUUCUUAUCAACUCAUCAUUCAGGCCACUAACAUGGCAGGGAUGGCUUCCAAUGCCACAGUCAAUAUUCAAGUUGUUGAUGAAAAUGAUAAUGCCCCAGUAUUUCUCUUUUCUCAAUACUCAGGCAGCCUAAGUGAGGCUGCCCCAGUCAAUAGCAUUGUCAGGAGCGCAGAUAACAGCCCACUGGUGAUUCGAGCCACUGAUGCUGACAGCAGCCGGAAUGCUCUGCUGGUGUAUCAGAUUGUGGAGUCCACAGCCAAGAAGUUCUUCACUGUGGACUCCAGUACAGGUGCAAUCAGAACAAUUGCCAAUCUGGACCAUGAAACCAUUGCCCAUUUCCAUUUUCAUGUGCAUGUGAGAGACAGUGGUAGCCCCCAACUGACUGCAGAAAGUCCUGUUGAAGUCAACAUUGAGGUGACAGAUGUGAAUGAUAACCCACCUGUGUUCACACAGGCUGUGUUUGAGACUGUCUUACUUCUGCCUACCUAUGUUGGAGUGGAAGUUCUGAGAGUUAGCGCCACGGAUCCUGACUCUGAGGUGCCCCCUGAACUGACAUACAGCCUAAAGGAAGGCAGCUUGGAUCAGUUUUUCAUUGACUCAAUCAGUGGUGUACUCACCAUAAAAAACAACAACCUCUCCAAAGAUCAUUACAUGCUGAUAGUUACGGUGUCUGAUGGAAAGUUCCACAGUACAGCCAUGAUCAACAUCAUGGUUAAAGAAGCCAUGGACAGUGGCCUCCACUUUACACAAAGCGUUUACUCCACUUCAAUCUCAGAGAACAGCACUAACAUAACCAAAGUUGCUAUUGUCAAUGCAGUUGGAAACCGCCUUAAUGAGCCCUUAAAAUACAGCAUCUUAAACCCAGGAAAUAAAUUCAAGAUAAAAUCUACCUCAGGGGUCAUUCAGACCACUGGAGUCCCCUUUGACCGCGAAGAACAAGAGUUAUAUGAGCUGGUGGUGGAAGCCAGUCGUGAGCUAGACCAUCUGCGUGUGGCUAGGGUGGUGGUCAGGGUUAACAUUGAAGACAUAAAUGACAAUUCUCCAGUCUUUGUGGGCCUCCCUUACUAUGCUGCUGUGCAAGUUGAUGCUGAGCCUGGGACUCUGAUUUACCAAGUGACGGCCAUUGACAAAGAUAAAGGUGCAAAUGGGGAAGUGACCUACAUCUUACAGGAUGACUAUGGCCACUUUGAAAUUAAUCCUAAUUCAGGGAAUGUUAUUUUAAAAGAAGCAUUCAACUCUGACUUGUCCAACAUUGAGUAUGGAGUCACCAUCCUAGCCAGAGAUGGUGGAAAACCCUCUUUGUCUGCAUCUGUGGAACUUCCCAUCACUAUUGUCAACAAAGCAAUGCCUGUGUUUGAUAAGCCCUUUUAUACAGCAUCCAUCAAUGAAGACAUCAGAAUGGACACCCCCAUACUAAGCAUCAAUGCCACCAGUCCAGAAGGCCAAGGAAUCGUAUAUAUCAUUAUUGAUGGGGAUCCUUAUAAACAGUUUAACAUUGACUUUGACACCGGGGUCCUGAAAGUUGCUAGCCCUUUGGAUUUUGAAAUUACACCUGUUUACAAGUUGACAGUAAGAGCCAGCGAUGCCCUUACUGGUGCCAGGGCUGAAGUCACUGUUGACUUGCUAGUUAAUGAUGUAAAUGACAACCCCCCUAUUUUUGAUGAACCCACAUACAAUACAACAUUAUCGGAGGCAUCUCUCAUUGGGACACCUGUUUUGCAGGUUGUCUCUACUGACGCAGACUCAGAAAAUAAUAAAAUGGUCCAUUAUCAGAUUGUCCAGGAUACUUACAACAGCACAGAUUAUUUUCACAUAGACAGUGCAAGUGGCUUAAUCCUGACAGCUCGUAUGCUGGACCAUGAGUUAGUACAACAUUGCACGUUGAAAGUCAGAGCAACAGAUAGUGGAUUCCCAUCACUGAGCAGUGAGGUCCUGGUUCAUAUCUACAUCUCAGACAUAAAUGACAACCCUCCCAUUUUUAAUCAGCUCAUUUAUGAGUCAUAUGUGAGUGAAUUAGCCCCCCGGGGUCAUUUCGUGACCCGUGUACAAGCCUCUGAUGCAGACAGCUCUGAUUUUGACCGGUUGGAAUAUAGCAUUUUAUCUGGGAAUGACCGAACGAGCUUCCUAAUGGACAGUAAGAGUGGAGUCAUCACACUGUCCAACCACCGGAAGCAGCGGAUGGAGCCAUUGUACAGCCUGAAUGUGUCUGUCUCUGAUGGGCUGUUCACCAGCACCGCACAGGUGCACAUCAGGGUACUUGGAGCUAAUUUGUACAGCCCUGCCUUUUCACAAAGCAUGUACGUAGCUGAGGUGAGAGAGAAUGCAGCUGCUGGGACCAAGGUAAUUCAUGUUCGAGCCACAGAUGGGGAUCCAGGGACAUAUGGGCAGAUCAGCUACGCCAUCAUCAAUGACUUUGCCAAGGACCGAUUCCUCAUUGACAGCAAUGGGCAAGUCCUAACAACAGAAAGGCUAGACAGGGAAAAUCCUUUGGAAGGAGACAUUAGCAUUUUUUUGAGGGCCCUUGAUGGUGGAGGGAGAACAACUUUCUGUACUGUGAGGGUGAUUGUUGUGGAUGAAAAUGACAAUGCUCCCCAAUUCAUGACUGUGGAAUAUAGAGCCAGUGUCAGGGCAGAUGUUGGAAGAGGCCACCUGGUCACUCAGGUUCAAGCCAUGGAUCCAGAUGAUGGAGCCAAUUCAAGAAUUACAUAUUCCCUAUAUAGCGAGGCCUCGGUUUCAGUAGCAGACCUCCUGGAGAUCGAUCCUGACAAUGGCUGGAUGGUCACAAAGGGCAAUUUUAACCAGCUGAAAAAUACAGUAUUGUCAUUCUUCGUCAAAGCAGUAGAUGGGGGCAUUCCAGUAAAGCACUCCCUCAUCCCUGUGUAUAUCCACGUCUUGCCCCCUGAAACGUUCUUACCUUCAUUCACCCAGUCUCAGUAUUCCUUUACCAUUGCAGAAGAUACAGCCAUUGGGAGCACAGUGGACACCCUAAGGAUUUUGCCCAGUCAGAAUGUCCGGUUUAGCACAGUGAAUGGGGAACGGCCAGAAAACAACAAAGGAGGUAUCUUCGUCAUAGAACAGGAGACAGGUACUAUCAAGCUUGACAAGCGCCUUGACCACGAAAUCAGCCCUGCUUUCCACUUUAAAGUAGCAGCCACUAUACCACUGGACAAGGUAGACAUUGUGUUUACUGUGGAUGUAGAUAUCAAGGUACUGGAUUUGAAUGACAACAAGCCAGUUUUUGACACAUCAAGCUACGAGACAAUCAUAAUGGAAGGAAUGCCUGUGGGCACCAAACUCACGCAAGUGAGAGCUCUGGAUAUGGAUUGGGGAGCCAAUGGGCAGGUCACUUACUCGCUCCAGUCAGAUUCCCAGCCUGAGAAGGUAAUGGAAGCAUUCAAUAUCGACAGCAACACAGGCUGGAUCAGCACCUUGAAGGACCUGGAUCAUGAGACAGAUCCCACAUUCACUUUCUCUGUGGUAGCCUCCGACCUUGGAGAAGCCUUCUCCCUUUCUUCUACUGCUUUGAUCUCUGUCAGAGUGACAGAUAUAAAUGACAAUGCACCAGUCUUUGCCCAUGAAGUGUACCGAGGGAAUGUGAAAGAGAGCGACCCGCCGGGUGAAGUAGUAGCAGUCCUUAGCACGUGGGACAGAGACACUUCUGACAUUAAUCGCCAAGUGAGCUACCAUAUUACAGGAGGGAACCCCCGAGGAAGGUUUGCCCUGGGCCUGGUGCAGAAUGAGUGGAAGGUCUAUGUGAAGAGACCACUAGAUAGAGAAGAACAAGACAUUUACUUCCUCAAUAUCACUGCCACUGAUGGGCUCUUUGUCACACAGGCCAUGGUGGAAGUGACUGUCAGUGAUGUGAAUGACAAUAGCCCAGUCUGUGAUCAGGUUGCAUAUACAGCAUUAUUUCCUGAAGACAUUCCAUCAAAUAAAAUUAUCCUGAAGGUCAGUGCUAAGGAUGCCGAUAUUGGAUCCAAUGGCGAUAUAAGAUACUCACUCUAUGGAUCUGGAAACAAUGAAUUUUUCCUAGAUCCAGAAAGUGGUGAGUUAAAAACUUUGGCUUUGCUGGACCGGGAGCGGGUCCCUGUGUACAGUCUGAUUGCCAGGGCCACUGACGGAGGUGGCAGGUUCUGCCAAUCUGAUGUCCACCUGAUCUUGGAGGACGUGAAUGAUAACCCUCCGGUAUUUUCUUCCGACCACUACAAUGCCUGUGUCUAUGAGAAUACUGCCACCAAGGCUCUGUUAACCAGAGUCCAAGCCGUGGAUCCCGACGUUGGCAUCAACAGGAAGGUGGUGUACUCCCUGGCAGACUCCGCCGAUGGAUUCUUCUCCAUUGACGGCUUGUCUGGCAUCAUUAUCCUGGAGCAGCCACUGGACCGGGAGCUGCAAUCUUCCUACAGCAUCAGCGUGCAGGCCACUGACCAGAGCCCUGGGCAGGCCCUGUCCUCUUUCACCACCGUCACUAUCACCGUCCUGGACAUUAACGACAACCCCCCUGUGUUUGAGAGGAGGGACUACCUUGUAACAGUGCCUGAGGACACCUCCCCUGGCACUCAAGUCCUUACUGUUUUUGCCACCAGCAAAGAUAUUGGCACAAAUGCUGAGAUUACAUAUCUCAUCCGGUCUGGGAAUGAACAAGGGAAAUUUAGAAUCAACCCAAAGACAGGGGGGAUUUCUGUCUCUGAAGUCCUGGACUAUGAAUUAUGUAAAAAGUUUUACCUGGUAGUAGAAGCCAAAGAUGGGGGCAUCCCAGCCCUCAGCGCUGUGGCCACAGUCAGCAUCAACCUCACUGAUGUGAAUGACAACCCUCCCAAGUUCAGCCAAGACAUCUACAGUGCCGUCAUCAGUGAGGACGCCUUGGUCGGGGACUCUGUCAUUUUGCUAAUAGCAGAAGAUGUAGACAGCCAGCCUAAUGGACAGAUUGAGUUUUCCAUUGUGAAUGGAGAUCGAGACAAUGAAUUUGCUGUGGAGCCUGUCUUGGGACUUGUGAAGGUUAAGAAGAAAUUGGACCGAGAACGGGUGUCUGGAUACUCCCUGCUUGUCCAGGCAGUGGACAGUGGCAUUCCUGCCAUGUCAUCAACUGCAACUGUCAACAUAGAUAUUUCUGAUGUGAACGACAACGGCCCGGUCUUUACACCUGCGAACUAUACUGCUGUGAUUCAAGAAAAUAAGCCAGUAGGCACCAGCAUUUUGCAGCUGGUGGUGACAGACAGAGACUCCUUUCACAAUGGGCCUCCCUUCUCAUUCUCUAUUUUGUCGGGGAAUGAAGAGGAGGAGUUUGUGUUGGACCCACAUGGGGUCUUGAGGUCAGCCGUGGUCUUCCGGCAUACAGAAUCCCCGGAAUAUGUGCUGUGUGUCCAGGCGAAGGACUCAGGUAAACCUCAGCAAGUUUCUCAUUCCUACAUCCGUGUGCGGGUCAUCGAAGAAAGCAUCCACAAGCCCACAGCCAUCCCCUUAGAAAUUUUCAUUGUCACCAUGGAGGACGACUUUCCUGGUGGGGUUAUUGGGAAGAUCCACGCCACAGAUCAAGAUGUAUAUGACGUGCUUACAUUUGCCCUGAAAUCAGAGCAGAAAAGCUUGUUCAAAGUGAACAGUCACGAUGGAAAAAUCAUCGCCCUGGGAGGCCUGGACAGCGGCAAGUAUGUCCUGAACGUCUCGGUAAGUGACGGCCGCUUCCAGGUGCCAAUCGACGUGGUCGUGCACGUGGAGCAGCUGGUGCAUGAGAUGCUGCAGAACACCGUCACCAUCCGCUUUGAGAACGUGUCCCCCGAGGACUUCGUAGGGCUGCACAUGCUGGGGUUCCGGCGCACCCUGCGGAAUGCAGUUCUCUCCCAGAAGCAGGACAGCCUGCAUAUCGUCAGCAUCCAGCCUGUGGCAGGCACCAACCAGCUGGACAUGCUGUUUGCGGUGGAGAUGCACAGCAGUGAGUUCUACAAGCCAGCCUACCUGAUCCAGAAGCUGUCCAAUGCCCGCAGACACCUGGAGAAUGUCAUGCGCAUCUCCGCCAUCCUGGAGAAGAACUGCUCAGGGCUGGACUGUCAGGAGCAGCACUGUGAGCAAGGCUUGUCUCUGGAUUCCCACGCGCUCAUGACCUACAGCACGGCUCGCAUCAGCUUUGUGUGUCCGCGUUUCUAUAGGAACGUGCGCUGCACCUGUAACGGAGGACUGUGUCCGGGGUCCAACGAUCCUUGCGUGGAGAAGCCGUGCCCAGGGGACAUGCAGUGUGUCGGUUAUGAAGCCAGCAGGAGACCAUUCCUCUGCCAGUGUCCACCAGGGAAGCUUGGAGAGUGCUCAGGGCACACCUCUCUCAGCUUUGCUGGAAACAGUUACAUCAAAUACCGGCUUUCUGAAAAUAGCAAAGAAGAAGACUUUAAGCUAGCUCUGCGUCUGCGAACCCUGCAAAGCAACGGGAUUAUAAUGUACACCAGAGCAAAUCCCUGCAUAAUUCUGAAGAUUGCGGACGGCAAGCUGUGGUUUCAGCUGGAUUGUGGCAGCGGCCCCGGUAUCCUGGGCAUCUCGGGCCGCGCUGUCAAUGACGGGAGCUGGCACUCGGUCUUCCUGGAGCUCAAUCGCAACUUCACAAGUCUGUCCCUGGAUGACAGCUAUGUGGAGCGGCGCAGAGCGCCCCUCUACUUCCAGACGCUAAGCACCGAGAGCACCAUCUACUUCGGGGCCCUGGUGCAGGCAGAUAACAUCCGCAGCCUGACGGACACGCGGGUGACGCAAGUGCUGAGCGGCUUCCAGGGCUGCCUGGACUCGGUGGUGCUGAAUAACAACGAGCUGCCCCUACAGAACAAGCGGAGCAGCUUCGCCGAGGUGGUGGGCCUGACAGAGCUGAAGCUGGGCUGCGUGCUCUACCCAGACGCGUGUGAGCGCAGCCCGUGCCAGCAUGGGGGCAGCUGCGCUGGCCUGCCCUCUGGUGGCUAUCAGUGUACCUGUCUCUCGCAGUUCACUGGAAGAAACUGUGAAUCUGAGAUCACAGCCUGCUUCCCAAACCCCUGCCGAAAUGGAGGAUCCUGUGACCCAAUCGGAAACACUUUCAUCUGCAAUUGUAAAGAUGGGCUCACAGGAGUCAGGUGUGAAGAGGACAUCAAUGAGUGUGAGCGAGAGGAGUGCGAGAACGGGGGUUCUUGCGUCAACGUGUUCGGCUCCUUCCUCUGCAACUGUACGCCGGGCUACGUGGGCCAGCACUGCGGGCUGCGCCCCGUGGUGGUGCCCAACAUCCAGGCCGGCCACUCCUACGUGGGGAAGGAGGAGCUCAUCGGCAUCGCCGUCGUCCUGUUCGUCAUCUUCAUCUUGAUCAUCCUCUUCAUCGUCUUCCGCAAGAAGGUCUUCCGUAAGAACUACUCCCGCAACAACAUCACGCUGGUGCAGGACCCGGCCACGGCUGCCCUGCUCAACAAGAGCAAUGGUAUCCAGUUCCGGAACCUGCGGGGCGGCGGGGACGGCCGCAAUGUCUACCAGGAGGUGGGGCCCCCGCAGGUCCCUGUGCGCCCCAUGGCCUACACUCCGUGCUUCCAGAGUGACUCCAGGAGCAACCUGGAUAAGAUUGUGGAUGGGCUGGGGGGCGAGCACCAGGAGAUGACCACAUUCCACCCCGAGUCACCCCGCAUCCUGACAGCCAGGCGGGGCGUGGUCGUGUGCAGUGUGGCCCCCAACCUCCCUUCAGUGUCACCCUGUCGCUCGGACUGCGAUUCCAUCCGGAAGAGUGGCUGGGACGCAGGAACUGAAAACAAAGGAGUUGAUGACUCCGGAGAAGUAACCUGCUUUGCGGGCAGUAAUAAAGGCAGCAACUCAGAGGUUCAGUCGCUCAGCUCCUUCCAAUCGGAUUCCGGUGAUGACAAUGCCUAUCAUUGGGAUACCUCUGACUGGAUGCCGGGGGCCCGCCUGUCGGACAUAGAGGAAGUCCCCAACUAUGAGAACCAGGAUGGAGGCUCUGCACACCAGGGCAGCACACGGGAGCUGGAGAGCGAUUACUACCUGGGCGGCUAUGACAUCGACAGCGAAUACCCACCCCCUCAUGAAGAGGAAUUCUUGAGUCAGGACCAGCUGCCCCCUCCCCUGCCAGAGGACUUCCCGGACCACUAUGAGGCCCUGCCACCCUCGCAGCCUGUCUCACUGGCCAGCACACUGAGUCCAGACUGCAGGAGAAGGCCACAGUUCCAUCCCAGCCAGUACCUCCCUCCUCACCCGUUCCCCAACGAAACAGAUCUGGUAGGCCUGCCUGCUGGCUGUGAAUUUAGUACUUUUGCCGUGAGCAUGAACCAGGGCACAGAGGCCACGGGACCAGCAGACAGUGUGUCUUUACCCUUGCACAAUUCCAGAGGCACCUCGUCCUCGGAUGUGUCGGCCACCUGCGGCUUUGACGAUUCCGAGGUAGCCAUGAGCGACUAUGAGAGCGUGGGGGAGCUCAGCCUCGCCAGCCUUCACAUUCCAUUUAUCGAGACUCAGCACCAGACCCAAGUGUAGGGGACACAUCUCAGGUGCUCUGCGCUGUUUGUUACAGAAAAGUCGAAGGAAAUUGGCUGGGCUCAUGUCUCAAUGGAGAGUGGUCUGUUGAGCAAGAAGGAAAUACUGUAUUUUCUGCUAGGAACUUCUUCCCAAGUAAUACAGUCACAAGCAAGCCCAAUUCCAAUUGGGUGAAAACGAAAGGCUCAGAAAUUGUUCCUGAGAGGUAACUGAGAACCCUUGCAGUACAGACCUAUCUUCGUCGCAAAGAAGGCAUACUGAGUUUUCAAAGGGAGAAAAAUGAUUUCACCCACUAAGUUACAUGGUAGCUCUUUGAUGGCUUUGUACAGUAUUGUGCCCUGGAAAGUGUUAGAGCUUCAGUCCGGCAGUAUUAUUAACUGGCAACAAUCAAAGAGGCAUUGUUGCAUGUAAUGUUGAGCCAAUAGCGGGGUGGGGAGUGAAAAAAGUAGUUAUGAUUGUUGGAAAGUCAGUCUCUUAGGUAAAAGACAAGAGGAACAAAUAUUAUUAAACCAACAAGAAAAUGGGCUGAAGCCUUUAAAAUCAACUCUAUUUUUUUUUUAAUAAGCUGCACAAUUUUCAGCUAUAAAACUAGGUUUGAGUAACAUGUUUACUGUGCUCAAUUAUUUCUGCUUCUUUGUUUGUUUUAAGCAUCCAAUAUAAUAUAGUUGGGUUUUAUGAUCUUUGAGAAAGGUAUCCAUGAAGAGCAAUGUGAGGAUAUUUGGGUGCCAUUUUGAGGGUGGGGGAGAAGGUUAACAUUGUUUGAACAUUAGAAAGAGUGCGAUUAUCUGGUUUGUUUUUUUUUUUUUUUUUCUGUUAGAUAUUCCUGGCUGGAACUGCAAUUUUAACAUUGCUACGGAAAUUGGCCUUUGUUCUUGAGAAUCAGAAAAUGAAAAAAAAAAAAAAAAAAACUAGUGUAUUGUUAUAUAAAAUGAGAGCUAUUUAAAAGGUUAAGCAGAAUUCACAAAUUCAGAAAAACACAUAUAUAAUAUUUUCAGAGUUUUCAGGCUGGAUAAUCACAUUUCUUGAUAAUGCAGAUAAAAGGUGCUUGUUAUUCUAAAUUGAUAACGUCACUAUAAAUGCAAUUAUGUUUAAAAAAAAGUAGACUUGUUGUUGUGUAGAAAUUAUAAUAGUGUCUGUGUGUGGGCCUACGUACAACUGUGUACUUGCACUCAAUAGGGCUGCUCUUGAGGAAGGCUGACGUGAAGGCUUUGGUAUAUGGACCAUGUUGAAAACCCUGCCGAUGAGGCAGAACUUCCAAUUACUCUGAUCUCUAUGUUUUGUUUUGUUUUGUUUUUCUAUGUGACGUUAGGGAAACACCAGAUGCCAUAUUUUUACUCCGGUUCACUUGACUUUAUUUUGGUACUGCCAUUUAUAUUAACACAAAGCAAAACUGUCCUUUUUAAAAACAGUAUUUUGUUAUAAUUGUCCAGUUCUAAAUUCUACUUGAAAAAUAUGUAAUGUUUAAUUAUACCCUGGGGUUCUCCUCUCAUCUGACAUACAGGCUUUGGCCAUGGAUUUGCAAAAUUGACAGGAGAAAUUAUUCCACUGGAAAUACAGUAACACACUACUCAAAACUUCAGGCUGACAAGUUGAGUGAAAGACUUUCCUCUUUUGCUUCAAUCACAUUAUGGCCGCAUGUGCGGUGACCAUGGUAAAUAAAUGCAUAUUUGCACUAUCUGCUUAAUGAGCAAAUCUCUGUGUCCACAGUUUCAGAUGACAUAUGGCAUUGGUGUGUAAAUUGUACUGUUCCAAGUCUGCCUAUCGUCCACUCAGACAUAUUUUUAGUUGUUUCAAUUGCAUUUAAUCCACUUACAUCUUUGUAAGAGUCAGUGUUUCUGAACCGUUCCUUUGCAUUCCUGAGUAAGUGGACACACACUUGACAGGUUUUUCAGCCUUUCUCCUCUUCCUGUCUCUUGGUCAGACCUCCUCACAGAGGUAUUAUCCGCACCGUGGUCUUGAAAUAAAUGAAUUUCACUAAGGCUGCUUUCGAGAAUAAAGUUUUUGGUACUUUUCUUAUGUAAGAAGCAUAUCUGCAAGAAUCACGGAGAAAAUGACAAACUAAUGGUCCAGAAUAGAAUCACUGUUACACUUUUAAUAAGGCAAUGACAUAAAAACCAUCAAAGUGAAACCAACAAUUCAUUCCUUGCCCCCAGGAAAUAUUAGAUCAAGAGUAAUGCCUAUGAGUUACCACUGCUUACACAGCGUCUCUUCGAGGGAGAAUGCCUGACUGACGCAGUAACGAAGGAAUAAAUAGAUCCUAACGCAUCUGUGAAAUCACGGAAGAAAAUCACGCCACUCUUUGCUCUGACCUAUAUAAAAUACCUCUUUCUUCGGAAUAUCACCGCCUGAUUUUCUACUGCAGAGUAUCUCUGCAGCUGUAUGUAUACCAGACAAGGAUGUGGCAUUAUCUUUAAACAUAUCGUAUCUCUUCACUUUUUGGAAAAAUAGAUUCCCUUAUAGAUUAAGAAAUGGUUUGUAGUGAGGCCAAGAUGGAGUCAGGUGGGAUGACUGCUGAUUCAAAGAGCUAGAAGGAAACAAGUUCUGCUAGUCCAGUCCCUUAAUUUUAUAAAAGAGGAAACAAACCCAGAGAGGGGAAGGGACUUGCCUAUGGUUACACAGGAAGUUAAGUGGCUGAACAGGGACCAGAACCUGCCCAGUUGGCUGAUAUUCUUUCUACAUAACACUACUCACCGCUAACUGCCUUGGGCGUGGCAGCCACCUGCUUCUGCUAGACUUUCCACCUGCCUGUCAUUGAUGUUUCUUUGCAGGCCAUCUAGCAAGGUCACAGUUACAGAAUUCACACAUUUCUUUGGACAUUUACCAAAAUGCUACUUUUGCCAAAUGGAAGUUUUCUAAAAUGGGGGUGGAAUGAUCAUUAUACAACUGGACUCAGACCAGUUACACACAGUGAUGAAAUUUUGAUUUUAAUAUCCCUCACUGGGUACAGUUUUGGUUUUCUUUCUUUUUUUUUUUUUUUCUUACCUGUAUCAGUUUUGGUUCCUACCCUGCCACCCUAAUGAACCACAUGGAAAAUACUUAAGCCGAUUGUUGCGUUUCCCUUUUUCUAACAUGUGCUACCUCCUGGGAGCCAUUUUUCCAUAACCUGUUGUAGGCACUUUACCUGUAUUGCACACAUUAUGGUUAGGUUGAGGGUAGGUGGAUUGUUGGUAUUUGUCAUAUAAUAAGUAGAAGCCAUAGGGUAGCAAAAGAUGAAUAAAAGUAGGUGUUCGACUUACUCCCUUUCCUCUAUGAGUAUUUGGCUGAUAGAUUCCUUCUGCAUCAGCUUUCUAUAUACCCAUGAAAUGCCAUUCUAGAAAACAUAGUGAUAUGAGUAGGUCAAAUCCAUGCAUCUGAGGUUUAAUCUAUCGGAGAAUCAGUGUUAAGGCCUGGAAAGGGAAUGUGUAAUGCAUUCUUGAAACUUACUUGGAACUGCCCCUUGGAAUUACUAGCACGGUCUGGAAAAAAAAAAGUAAAAUAUAUAUUCUGUUGACCCCUCCUACUUAUUCCCAUAAAACCCAACCUGCUGCCUCCCCUAAUGCCGAGUCUACACAAUCAAAGUCAGGGAAAUUAAGAAAAGAGAUUAUCAAAAUAAAUCAUUUAAGAACCAGAAAACACUUUCAGGUGAAAUAAUUCAGGAAGAUCAAGUGUUCGUUUUGCAUGGAUUGUCAAGAUAAUUGUCUGGCCUCUUCACUCCGCUGCUCUCUCUGCACAUAGAUAUGGCUAAGGUGGUUAGUCUGUCAUGUUUUAUGUUUUCAGUUUCAAACUAUAGGAAAUGGAGAUUGGAGGAGGCAUUUCUUCUGUGUCUUAUUUCGUGUGGCCUUUGAGAAGGCGGUUAUGUAUCUUUGCUGGUUUGUGUCCUGCAACGUUCAACUGCACAUUAUUCUGAUGAAAAUCCACAAUGUCUUUAAGCCUCUGGCUAUGGAAUUGUGGGGCUUAAAGUCACCAUUUGUGGGUUUGCCAUCAGUUACUAUUUAGCCAGCUGGCUAAGUGAUAGGAAAAGAAUAAGAUAUUUCUUUCCUUAUGUAAUAAUGAAAAGCAAUAAUUACAAGUAUGUAAUAUUACACAAAGGCCAUAAUUAGUCUCUUCCAGUGUUUAGGAUGCACUAAAAAAUCGUAGUCAUUUGGAGUGUUUGGACCCGUUAGUCUGUACCGUAGUACCCUUGCAACAAACCAAUACCUGAAUUGUUACUAUUUCACAAUUUUAUAAGCCCAUACUACUGCAUUUCGGGAAGUGACAAAUGUGUUUGGAAAUGGAAGCAGUUCUUUUUUAAGCACUGUAUCAGAAAGGUUGUCUUGUAAAUUUACCUGUUGCAAACAGGCUGGUUUGUAAAAGAUGUAUGUUUUGGUGUUUAAGAUGUUUAUAAAAUUGUAUAUAAUGGUUUUGAUUUUCCAGGCUUUUGUAGAUAACUGCAUUUGAUGCCUAUCAGGAUGCUUUAAUUUGGGGAGGGGGGCAGGGGUAGGAGGUGUCAAAUAGAAUUCUAAGUCAUCCAAGCUUUUUGUCUGUAAACUUUGAGGUAACUACACACACAAAAAGAGGAUUUUAGAUUUGCAAACAAUGUUGUUUAAUCAUUUCAAACUGUACCGUAACCUUCCUUUGGUUCUACUGUUUUAACUUUUUCUGUUUUCAAGAAAAUGUUAUCGACUUUUUUUUUGAAAUGAGUGUGUUCUGCCCAGUUACUAAGUACUUGAUUUUUAUACCAUUGCAAAUUCAGAAAGAGACGUUUCAUUUCUUCACACACACACACACACAUGCACACUCACCUGAACUUGCACACACAUCAGACACCAAAUCUUAUGCAAAGGGGAAAGAGACACUUAAAGUGAGUCUUGUCCCUGAUGGAAAUGGAUUGUUCCUGCAUAUAUUGCCAUUGGCAGUAUCCAGUCUUGUGUUCCUUUUCUAAAAAAAUGAAAAAAGAAAAAAAAAAAGACAGCCAAAAAUAAAUAAAUAAAAGUCCCAACAGUGUACAGGUUUGUAACUGCCAAAAUUUGAUGGUUAAAACAAGUUUUCAAGUAAAAAAAAAGAAAGAAAUAGCAACUGUGUUCUUGACUCUUUUUAAGCGUUUCUUUUUACUUGUCUUUAGUUAAUAGCUUACAUGGCCCUCACAAGGUCAUCCUACAGUCCAUGGUGGAAAGAUCAAGCAUGCUCUUUAAUCCUGUUGUUUGAUGCCCUCAAGUCCAUUGUGACUCAUAGUGACCCCACGUGACAGUAUAACUGCCCCACAGAG